AUGGCUGAGCGACGAUCAGGCGGUUCGAGCCGUAACAAUUUCAACGAAGAAAAAAGCUCCGCAGAUAUACCGCCUAUGUCGCGACUAUUUAUCAUAUGCAGCAAGAGCGUGACCGAAGAAAAUUUGCGCGAACAUUUCGAAAAGUUUGGCGAUAUCGAAGAAAUAUGGAUCGUCAAGGACCGGUCGACGGGUGAAGGAAAAGGUGUCGCAUACAUAAAAUACGCAAAAACGUCAGACGCCGCCCGGGCGCUUGAAGAGAUGAACGGCAAGUGUGUCGGUGAUAAUACCCGUCCAAUCAAGGUGCUGGUGGCAGCCAACCGCCAGCAGGGUUCACGUAAGCAAACGGAAAACGAGGAAGAGAAAUACCUGCGGCUUUUUGUGAUCAUACCGAAGGACAUGACGGAAGACGCGCUUCGAGAAGAAUUCGGUAAAUACGGCACCGUUGACCUGGUCACCAUCAUCCGUGAUAAGGUGACGAAGGAAGGCAAAGGAUUCGCCUACGUUAAGUUCGGUCGCUUCCUGCAUGCAGCCCAAGCGUUCGAGGGAUGCGACCCAAAAUAUAAGGCGGUUUUUGCGGAACCGAAACCCCCGCGAAACGCGUCGGUUUCGUCUAACGAAAACUUCGGUGGCUUUGUUGGUGGAGGCGGUGGCGGUGGUGGUGGCGGCGGUGGUAGUGGAGGGACCGGUGGGAGCACCGGAGGAGGUGCCGGAGGUGGCGUUGUCUUUGGUGGUAGCGGAAACAACACGAACGGUUUCACGGACGAUCGUCGGACGGGACCAGGUGGCGUAAGCAGUGUGUCUGGCGCGGGUGCCAUGCUCGGGUUUGCCGCAAUGGGCUCAAACGACCGACGAUCGGGGACCGGCGUUGGGGCAGUAGAUCGGCGAGGUGGUAGCGAUUUCGGGGCGUUCAGUGGCUAUGGAGGAUCGGCGAACAGUGCAAUGGUAUCCAACACUAAUGAAACGGUUCUGACGGUACUAUGCAGCCCGGUGUUAAAUCAAGACCAACUGUGGCGUCUUUUUGAUAUCAUUCCGGGACUGGAUUACUGUCAGAUAAACAACGAUUUUAACAAUCGCAAUGUGACGGCGACGGUCGUGUAUAACAACAGCCAAUCGGCGAUGUACGCGCGAGACAAAAUCCACGGGCUCGAGUAUCCGCCGGGCGAGCGGUUAAUCAUACGUCAUGGGCACGAAACCGUCACCACGAUGGGGGUUGGCGGCACGGUCGAAUUCAACGGAAGCGGUAUGGGUGGCGGUAGCCGGGGAGGAACGGCGGACGCGCCGGCACUGGCGGCUCGAACCGGUGCGCCGCUAACCACGCCUGUUUCUUCCGUAGAUCGUGAGGCGACCUUUUGCAGCGUACCGCUGCCGCCACCGCAACCGUUGGCUAGUUCAAGCGCCGAGGUCGCGCAGCGAUGUUUCAUUGUUUGCAUUCCAAAGGCGCUACCGACAAGCGUACUGAAGCAAACGUUCUGUCGAUUUGGCGACUUAAUCGACGUGUAUCUGUUGCCGAACAAGAACUGUGGCUAUGCCAAGUACGCCUCUGAGGAGUCAGCAAAGAAAGCUAUCAAACAGCUACAUGGUGCGGAUAUUCUGAACGUGCGUUUGAAGGUGCUAGAAGCGGAAGAACCCAGUAAUGAUCGACGGAAACGAAUGCGUCACGACGAGCGCAUGGAGAACGAGUAA